AUCACUCUACAUGUAUACGGAAAUAUGCAACACUUACAUGAGGCAAUUGUUUCUUAUCAGUAGAAGUGAGCGAUAACUGGAGGAAGAUAUAUUCUAAAGAAUGGAAUGCAGGAAUGCGGAAAUGCGGACUAUUGGCCCCGUAAACCCAGCCGAUUUAAACUACUUCCUGGUCCGGGAAAACUGAUACUAUCGCGACAGCCUGUCCGCUUGCAGCUCAGCGACAGGGGCCUGGCGCAGGAAUGCGAAACCACAACUUAUUCAAUCCAAACAAACCGUUGACAAACACCAGCGUGCCCGGAAAUACCGCAGGGCUGCUUCGGACUCUUUGGCCGUCACCCGAGACAUGAAGGAGACUCUUAACGUAUGGCUAUGAGACGAGAUCAGCUGUUUCAGCGUUCGCUGCCCCGGGCUCGUUGACUGUGUGUCGGCUCAGGAUGGCGCAGGGGGGCUCUCAGCUCGACUACCACAUCCUGCAGGACCUCAAGCAGCGUUUCCCAGAGAUCCCAGAGGGUGUAGUUUCCCAGUGCCUUCUGCAGAACAACAAUAACCUGGAUAUUUGCUGUCACCUGCUGGCCCAGGAGAGUAACCGAUACCUGUAUGGAGAGUUCCAUCACAGUCCAGAGGAGGGGCGACCUAGUCGAAACCACAUGCUACACAUUAGCCUGGGAUACCCGGGGUCCGAGGCGAGCAAGGCGAAUGGAGGAGCAGCAGGAGUAGGGCGCUCCCUUGUGCACAGCAACAGUGACAGUCACAUCGAACCUCAGCGGCCCAGCUACCCCGAGCCGCUGUCGGCCCCCGCCACCAUGGCCCCCUCCCCGGGAUACAAUCCCUUCUUCAUGAACGAUCAGAGCCGCUCAGCUAGCACUCCCACUCCUCCACCCGCAAUGCAGGGCAUGUCUCCCACAUACUCACCAGUCCCACGUUACUCCAUGAACCCUAUAACGGUCACAAUUCCACAAAAUAGUAUACCCAAUGUCCCACAGGCUCUGCAGAUACCCUCGGGGCACUACGCUAUGCGACCCUCACCUUCCCAGAGCCCACAGCCAGCACCCUGGCCCUCUUCAGGGGUGCCUGUGUAUCAGCAUCAGCAGCCCCCAUACAAUACUCCCACGUAUGUCUCGCCAUACAGCUCCCCGCAGCAUCAGGUUCAGCCCCAACCACAGGCGCAGCCCCAGCACCAGCAAUAUGUUUUCCUCCCUAUUAGCUCCCCAACACCUCCCAGCAUGCCCUACCAUCACCAGCAACAACCCCAGCCGGCUGUUUACAGGCCAUACCAUACAAAAAGCGCCCUCAAGAACCAGAUCGAGAUUACCCUGGAGGGUCCGCGGCCUCGUAGCAACUCCCCUGUGCACACAACCCACCCCCAGGGAACGCUCUACAUGGCCAACAGCCCUCCGCCAGGCUCCCCUUCGAGGGGCAUCCCUAUGAGUGGACCUCCGGGCCCUGCAGCCUUCCAUCCUGGGAUGUAUCUGCAGCAUCAGGGCCCUACAAGGCCUCGGCCUGCCUCCUCUCCUCAGCCGGGCCAAUCGGCAUAUACCUUAAAAAUCAAAGUGUCCCCAGGGGGCCAAGCCCAGAGGCCACUCGGCUCGCCUCCUGUGGCCGAAGCGGAGUCUCUUCUCAACAUAGUGGACCAAGGGGAACACAACGCUGCCCCUGCACCCAUCCUGCCCAUCUCCGCUCUACCAGGGAACAUUGUCAGUCAGUUUCAGCACAUGCCCCGACGUUCAAGCUCAGGCUCUGAUGAUUAUGCCUACACACAAGCUCUCCUGCUCCACCAGCGGGCCAGGAUGGAGCGUCUAAUGAAGGAGCUGCUGUUAGAGAAACAGAAACUAGACCACCUGAAGUCCGAUGUCAACAACAUGGAAUAUGACGCCCUUCAAAGACGCUUUCGAAGAGUCAACUCCACCAGUCUUAUACCCAGACCUGAAGAGAUGACCCGAUUGCGGAGUCUCAACAGACAGCUUCAGAUUGAUAUCGACUGCACCCUGAAGGAGACAGAUCUACUGCAGUCCAGAGGGAAGUUUGAUCCAAAAGCAAUGAACAACUUUUAUGACAACAUUCAGCCCGGUCCAGUUGUGCCACCCAAGCCUGGGAAGAAAGGGGAUCAGGCCCCCAAGCCAGUCCCGGAGCCUCAGAGGGACGAGGACUUCGAAGGCGCCCAGUGGAACUGUGAAAGCUGCACUUUCCUCAACCACCCUGCCCUCAACCGCUGUGAACAGUGCGAGAUGCCGCGUUACACCUGAGCUUAGCACCGCGCUGCAUUGCCCGCCCCCUGCCCUGUCCCUUACCAUUCCUUGGAUAGUAUCUGCAGAAUCUGUCUAGAGCUCUGCCCUCUGUCAAUCAAUAUGUAAGCCUACCUGCUGAGGAAGAGCCACCAUCCCUCUCGGCCCACUUGUCCCGCUCCUAUCUACUGCUCCUGUGCACUUCCCCCCCCCCCCCCAUUGGAGAAGAAGAAGAAGGAGGAGGAUGAUGAAGAUGAAGAUUCCAAUCUCUGCUCAUGGCAAAUGUAUAAAAGAGAGUGACUCCGGCAGUCGGUUGUUCAGGGCUUCAGAAAGGCCUGGAGUGAUUUAAGGAUCAUGGAGGAGGCGCUUCGGUUUACCUUCAGACGAUUCCACGCAGAAAGAGUGACUGCCCUGUUUACACUGCGCCCAUUCCUGAACUUCAAAUGGAGGCACUUCCACAGCGGAACAAUGAAAGCAAUUGUAUAUACAUUCUGAUUAAUGCGAAAUGUAGACUGUACACUGUAUCUGGCUCUGUAUUGGAGCUAAUUUCACUGGAAAAAGAACACUAAAGACAUUUGCAUACAAGUAUAUUCCUGGUACUUGUAUGCAUAUAAUGCCACCAUGUAUUAUGUGUUCAGAAGAUGUUCAUUUCCUGUGCAAAUCCUUCAACUUGCUGUAAUUAAUAAAGGAGCUAAUUCUAUGUGACUUGACCAUGCACAGCUGGCAUGUCUACAUAGGUUGUUUUUUUUAAAUAAUUCCUAGACGCUCCUUUUUCCCCCCCCACACACACACACACACACACAAACCAAACGCUUUUUUUCCCAGUACGUAUUUAUUUGAAGUAAUAAAACCAGUGGGAAUCAGAAACACAGCAGAAAAUGGUAGUAACAUGCACACACCCGCCCACUUUCAUGAACGUUGCAAGAGGAAAUUGGAGAUGUUUAAAUGGGGUUUGAGGAGACCGUUUUCCUCUCUGGUCUCAUCUGAUGUGAUCACUCUGUCCUUAAGGGUUUGAAAACUUGCUUAAUCCAACAGUCCUCAUAACACUAAUCAUACACAGCAUGUUUAACUCUAAUCUUCUAAAGUACUUCACCUUACUGUGGGUGCAAAAAAAAAAAAAAAAAAACUUUUUCAAUAUCAAUAAUUUAAAGCCAUGGCUGCCACAUGUCUGACUUGCCUGUAUGCAUUCCCAUUCCUUACAGGCGAUUGUGUGUGUG